AUGGCUCGCUCCAACAUGGCCCUCCGAGGCGCAUUACAGAGCCUGCGGGCUCGUCCCGUCGGCAUCCCGCAACAGAGACUCUUCGGCGCAUCGGCCCGUUGUGCGGCGAAUGACAAGCAAUCGCAGCAGCAAUCCUUCAAGAGCCAGCUCUACGAGAGCACCCAGCAACGGCUCAAACGCGAGCGAGCCGAGCAGGAGCGUUUUGCCCAGUACCAGACCCAGUCGCCGGGCGGUCGCUAUGCUGCCAUGAUGUUUGCUUUGGUCUUCUUCUCUACCGGCGCAUACUACCUUGGCUCCUUGAAGCCUGCAGCCCUUCCAACGUCGUCGACAACGACACUCGCCGACCUCGAUGCGCCCAAGCAUAAUGUCUCCCCGUCCAAUCUGCAAGCCGCCUGGUCGGAUUUCGUCGAGAUCCUCGGCAAAGAGAACGUCUCGACCGCGCCCGGCGAUUUGGAUUCACACGCUGGAUCGGACUGGUCGUCCUACUCCCAUAAGGCGGAUGAGAAGCCCUUCUUGAUUCUCUAUCCCUCAACCACGGAGGAGGUCUCCAAGAUCAUGAAAAUCUGCCACCAGCGAGUCAUCCCCGUUACGCCCUACUCCGGUGGAACCAGUCUGGAGGGUCACUUUGCUACCACACGAGGUGGCGUCUGUAUCGACUUCCGUCGCAUGGAUCCCGGCUUUGGGAUGGGAGGACCUGAACGAGGAAUUGGCGAAAGACGGUCUCUUCUUCCCCCGGACCCCGGCCCCGGUGCCAUGAUCGGUGGCAUGGUGGGUACUGGCUGCUCGGGUACGAAUGCCUACCGAUACGGCACCAUGCGUGAGUGGGUUCUGUCAUUGACGGUCGUCCUUGCCGAUGGGACGGUUAUCAAGACUCGGCAACGUCCACGCAAGUCUAGUGCGGGCUACGAUCUGACCAGACUCUUCAUCGGUAGCGAGGGCACCCUGGGUCUCGUGACGGAGGCAACACUGAAGUUGACCGUCAAGCCCAAGAGCCAGAACGUGGCUGUCGCGAGCUUCCCAAGUAUCCAUAACGCUGCUGAGUGCGUCACUCAUGUCGUUGAGGCAGGUAUACCCGUGGCCGGUGUCGAGAUAUUGGAUGAUGUCCAGAUGAAGUGUAUCAAUGCGAGUCAAAGCACUAGUCGCCAGUGGAAGGAGUCGCCGACUAUCUUUUUCAAAUUCACCGGAACCCCGGCGGCAGUGAAGGAACAAAUCAGCAUGGUGCAAAAGAUUGUGUCGAAUGCAUCGGGCAAAUCCUUCGAGUUCGCCCGUGGUGAGGAAGAGAUGCAGGAGCUCUGGAGUGCUCGUAAGCAGGCUCUUUGGAGUGUCAUGGCCAUGCGACGCGGCCCCGAAGAUCAUGUCUGGACAACCGAUGUGGCGGUGCCGAUGAGCAGGUUGCCAGACAUUAUUGAGGCAACCAAGGCGGACAUGACCAAGAGCGGUCUAUUGGCUGGUAUCUGUGGACAUGUUGGUGAUGGCAACUUCCAUGCCAUCAUCCUGUUUAAUGAUGGCGAGAAAAAGAUCGCCGAGGGCGUCGUUCACCGCAUGGUGAAGCGCGCAGUGGAAAUGGAGGGCACCGUCACUGGCGAACAUGGUGUUGGUCUGGUCAAGCGGGAUUAUCUCCCCCACGAGCUGGGAGAAACUACAGUGGAUGCUAUGCGCCGCUUGAAAUUGGCUUAUGAUCCUCUCCGUCUGCUCAACUGCGACAAGGUUGUUCGAAUCGAGCAACCCGCACCUAGUGAAGUCAAGGAAUGGUAA